CAGAAAAUUAGGUCCCUAAGCUUAUAUGGAUUUUAUUAAAGAUGAGAUACCCACAGAGAGCACUACAAUUACAAAAAAGGAUCAGUCUUAUUGGAAUAACAAGUAUAUUUUUGAUGGAAUGCAAAAGAAAUCAGUUCUUUUCCAAAAUUGCUUUUUCUCAAUAGAAACCUAAUGAGUAACCUAACAUUGAAUAAUUCCAAAAGUUUAAAUAUGAAUCAUAAUUGAGAUUAAAGCGGAAUGAAUUUAGAAGAACUAUAUUAGAAAUUAAAAGCAAAUAGAAGCCAACUGAGACAAGUAAGUAUGCAAUUACUGAUGAGGAUUUGACUUUGCCUCUUUUCUAAAGAUCUCCUACGCACUUGGUAAUUAUGAAAGCAAUAAUAGGAAAAUUCAAUUGAUAAUCAGUGGAAUCAUCUGGAACUGCUAGACAAGAAACAUUUAAAAUAGAUCUACGGACCCAAAACCUUUAAUAGACAGAAGAAAGCAAUUAGCUAAAUUGAUAAUAACUUCUAAGCUGAUAUCGAACUUUAGCAGAUGAAAUUUUAAGCAUAAGUAGAUUUUAGAAAUAAAUUGUUAAAACAUAAAUCUUUGCAAUCAUCUAAGGGGAAUGUUUAAGGUCGAGACAUUAGUUUCUUACGAUAGACGAGGCCAGAAUAUAAAGGAAUGGUAUUAUUGAAUAUGACAACUCUUGAAUAAUACCAUUGCCCCACUUUAUAUUAGCACGUGAAGAAAUACGAUUGUUCAACGAGUAUGUAAACAAGAUAAAAGUAGUAAUCCGCAAAAAAUGUCAGAUCAAAAAGUUUUAAUACUUAAUAAACUGAAAUGGAUGAACAAUCUUGUAAUCAGAAAGCUUAUGAAGAAAUGAACGAAUCAUUGCAAAGAUUUGAAAUAACAUUAAAAGAGAGGUGUUAGUAUUUGUAAAAAUGA